AUGUCGCCUUUCCCUCGCCAUUACCUUCGCCCCCCCUUUACCCGUCGCACUUCGCGUACCCUCCCCGUUUCCCCUCCCAUCACCCACUUCGUUACAUUCUCGCUCACCCUGAAACGCCCUCUCGUCGCCCUUCCUUUCUCCCCUCCCGUCACCCACCUCGUCGCCUAUGCGCUCGCCUCGAAAUCGAGGCGCACUCUCGUCGCCUCCCACGUCUCCCCUCCUAUUACCCACAUCAUCGUCGUCGCCCUAAGCCCGCAAUGCCCUCUUGUUGCGCACAGUCGACUCUCCUCGCCCAUCGCCCUGCCGCUGGCCUUGAAACGCCCUCGCGGCUCCCUUCUUCACUCCCCUCCCAUUACCCACUUCGUCGCCUUUGCGCUCGCUCUGAGCCGCCCUCCCGUUGCCUAUCAUCUCUCCACUCCCAUCCCGUCGCCCUCGUGUUCCCCUCUCAUCUCGCCCUCGAACCGGGCUCUUGUCCAAACCUUCACAAGCUGCCACCGCGCUUGUGCUUGUCACCUUCCCCCGCCAUCGCGCUCACGUUCUCCCCUUCCCCCGCCAUCGCGCUCACGUUCUCCCCUUCCCCCGCCAUUGCGCUCACGUUCUCCCCUUCCCCCGCCAUCGCGCUCACGUUCUCCCCUUCCCCCGCCAUCGCGCUCACGUUCUCCCCUUCCCCCGCCAUCGCGCUCACGUUCUCCCCUUCCCCCGCCAUCGCGCUCAUGUUCUCCCUUCCCCCGCCAUCGCGCUCACGUUUUCCCCUUCCCCCGCCAUCGCGCUCACGUUCUCCCCUCCCCCGCCAUCGCGCUCACGUUCUCCCCUUCCCCCGCCAUCGCGCUCACGUUCUCCCCUUCCCCCGCCAUUGCGCUCACGUUCUCCCCUUCCCCCGCCAUCCCGCUCACGUUCUCCCAUCUUCGCACCACCUUCGCGCUCAUGGUCUCCCCUCCCAUCUCCCUCGUGCUCACGUUCUCGUCUCUCAUCGCCUUCUCGCUCGCACCUCCCGUCCCUUCCUGUUGCCCUCGUGUUCUCCCGUCCCGUCCCGUCGCCUUCGCGCUCGCACCUCCCGUCCCAUACCGUCGCCUUCGUGCCCUCCCCUCCCCAAUGCCCCUCCCAUCACCCAACCAGUAA